AGCUGCAACACCCACCACUUUCGUUUUUGGUAACGUUAAAUGCACUGAAAAAAGAUUCUUCCACUUUCUUCUAUAAAUACCCUCACUGGCUUCAACUAUCUGUUGAUUUCUAUAUCAGUUUUCCCCUGUUUUCUCUUUCAUUUCAAGACCUGAUCUCUUGCAAUGGAACGCACUGAAGCCAAGUUCGCAGAAAACCCACAUCGGAAAACGGACAAGGUUUCCCUUUGUGCGCAAUUUGGCUUGAGAAUCAUGGCGAUAUCGACAGCUUUUGCUGCCACAUGGACGAUCGCCACCGCCAAGCAAACGGUGGUGGUUUUUGGCAUGCAAUUCGACGCUCGAUAUACAUAUUGUUCAGCUUUCAAGUUCUUCGCGUUUGCAAAUGCCUUUGCAUGUGCCUUCACUUUUCUUUCGUUGGUGUUCGUGUUCUUCUCCCUCCGCCAUGGCUUGACUACUACGAGCUUCUUCCUACUGUUCCUACACGAUCUGUUUAUGAUGUCGCUGAUGCUUUCCGGCGUGGCGGCGGGGACGGCAGUCGGAUACAUUGGCCGGUAUGGUAACAGUCACGCCGGUUGGAUGGAAAUCUGCGACCGUUUGAAGAAAUACUGUGACAAGGUGACGGCUUCUAUGGUGCUGUCUUAUCUGUCGGUCGUUUGUUUGGUGGUGCUUACCGUCAUCUCCGCCGGCAAGUCUCGACAAAUCUAAGGUUUAAAAACGCUGUUUGUGUUUUAAUUUGUAGCCAUGACUGAAGAUAUCGAGGACACGUGAUAGAAUUCGUGUCUUUGUUAACUUUGUUAAAUUGUAUUCGUGCCUUUCUUGACUUUGUUGAACUCUUCUGUGGGUAAAACGUAAGUACCAAAAGUUUAUCCUUCCUCACUGCUUA